GUGCGCUAUAUAUCAUGAAUAAAUGUCUAAACCCAAACAACAAUGUUUAAAUAGCCUGACAAUGAUUUUCACUUUUAUCGUUGCUCAUGAAAAUUAUGAGUAUUUUAGUUUUAAAGGUUUUGUUUUUACUUUUCAUUAGCAGAUUUUUGAGCUGUGAAACCAACAGUCAAGGAACCUCAAAAAUAGCAAAACCUGGAGAUUAUCCUUGGCAAGUAUCGGUGCAAUUUGAAGGAUAUGGGCAUCUAUGUAUUGGAACGUUAAUCACACUCCAGCAUGUUUUUACAACUGCUUCUUGUGUAAGAAUUGGCGUAAGGAUAUUAGAAAUAUAUGGUCGAAUCAUAGCCGGUGACCUUUCUACUAAACUCGAAAGAAAUCCUAAUCGGCAAAUUGGAUAUUUUACAAACAUAACCAUUCAUCCCGAAUAUGAUUGCCAAAUGACGAACAAUAAUGCGGCUGUUAUUCAGGCGAAUGAACCGUUUACUGCCACAAAAUAUGUACAUCCCGUAAAAGUAGGCCGCUAUAACCCUAAACCUUUCACAAUUUGUGAUAUAACAGGAUGGCCUGUAUCGAACUUGACAUAUCCUAAUGCGAUGAAUCCAACUUUUAGCGACAUCCAUUCCAAAAGGGGUAGAAUACAAACAGCGAAACUGACAGUUUUGUAUAAUGAGGCAUGUGGUUGGUUCAAAGAAAAAGAUGAUUUGAUAUGCCUUGAAUAUGAUACUUCCAGAAAGGGAUCCAUAUGCCCGCGCCUGGAAGGGGCUUCCCUAACAUGCAAUCGGAUUUUCCUCGGUAUGUAUACUGGUACAGAUAAGUGCGAUCGAACACAUCACCUUUACCGCAUUCCAAGUAUUCCAUUUUACCGUGAUUUCAUUGUUAUGGCACUAACGAAUAAGUCUACUUAUCAUGAUCAUUCAAUGGAUUUCUAUGUUCUAAUAGUCUUGUUGUUUUCAUGUUAAAUUUAUUUCCUUAUAAAAAUAUAGACACAAUGGAAAAGCUACACUAGAA